AUGUCAGAUUGCUGCAGGAUUUGCCUAGAAGACGAUGAUGUAAAAAAUCUCAUAAUUCCUUGCAUAUGUAAAGGAACCCAAAAAUACAUCCACCCCAGCUGCUUAUAUCGUUGGCAAGAGACGAUGUUAAAUAAUCAUUUGAAUUUCCCUGAAAGGUUCAGCUCAGACCAAAUUUUACGCUGCCGCCAGUGCAAUACCAAAUAUAAGUAUCAUUCCUCAGAUCCCAGAUGAAAAUUUCUAUAUUCAGCCUCGCCUUUACUGACUUUGAUGAGACGCUAUACAAUUAUGUUAUCCCUUGCCUUUGGAUGUUUCCUCUGGGCGACAUCAUUUUUAUUCUUCCCUUUUUUCUUGAAUUUAUUGAUGAUUUCUAUAAUUUGCUUUUCAUUUGUAUGGUAUAAAGGAAUCAGACCAAGGUUUUUUAUCACAGAAGACGGGAUAAGAAUCGGUUUCAUUAGAAUCGGUAUUCCAGUCCCUCAGCUUAGAGCUGGGGUGAUUUUAAAGGCUAGUUCCAUUAUUUCUGGAGGGAUUUUUUACCAGUCUAGAAUUUUGAUAACGAAAUAUGACAUAAACGAAGGCGCUGUAGGGUUUAUUAUUAAUAAAAACAGAGGUAAGCUGCAUUUAGAUAAUGAUUAUAUUGGAGGUCCUGUACAGCCUGAGUCUGUACACAUUUUGCAUGAUAAUCCUGAGGUGGAAGGAUGUGAAAGGAUUUGUGAAGGAAUUUACUUGGGUGGUAGAAUGAACCCAAGACCUGAAAACACUAGGACAAUGGUAAUAUAUGGAUACUCUGGGUGGAGCUCGCUACAAUUAGAUGGUGAAGUGAGGGCUGGAGUAUGGGAAAUCGAAGGGAAUGUGAGGAUUCAAGAUUUCUUUGGUAAUUAA